GAGUUCGACGAGCCCGGUGGCGACGUAGGUGGCAACCCGUAUUGACAUCUGAGUUUUGCUCAUGAAAAAAACAGCCAGAUGCUUCGUUGCAGCUGCGAGAUGGCGAUUGUUUAGUGUUAGAUACAUACCAGCUUAUUAGCUGCGGUCAGCAUUACCAGGUCACCGAAUUAUCUGUUGGGUCUUCAACAGAAGCCACCAGAGAGCUGAAUGGUUGCAGUGCUCUUGUGCCUUUCUAAAGGAUUUUGGAAGUAGAUGAAUUUUGGUGUAGCUUGUUGUUGGAGUAGGAUUUGAGGCUAGCUAGUGGUGACGGUGAGGUGCGCAAGAGAUUGUAACAAGAUGCUGUGAAGAGUACUGAUUGCAUCCUCGACUAGUGGGCUCAAAGGCAGAGUUGAGCAGCUGGUUGGAGCUGGCAUUUCCAAAAAAACCUUGGUGCCUGACCCAUUUUUGGAGGUUUUACGCGGUGAUGACCAAGAUGAAGUUUGCUGGCGGUCAUGGAGAUUGCGAUAUUCGGCGUCUUCUGUAUUGGAGUUUAUUGGCGUGGUGUUUGGCUGUAACGAAUGCAGAGGUGUAUAUCGUCGUUUUCAAAGAAGCUGCGCAACAGCAACUAAUGACAGCGUCGGGAGCAUCUGGAUAUAGCAUGAGUGUGCAACAUGAUUUAAUGUUAAAUAACGCUCUUGGAGUAGCCAACAGCGCAUUUAAGAAGUUACAUGAUUACACCUUAUUCAGCGGAGUAGCUGUCGACUUGACUGAAGCGCAGGCUACGCUGUUGGAAAGUAGUGACGUGGUUCAUCACGUCGAGAAGGACAAAUUGAUGUACAUAAGCACAACACACACGCCCGAAUACAUGGGGCUUCCUGCAGGAGCAUGGGCUCAGACAGGCGGUGUGGGCAAUGCCGGUGAAGGAAUUGUAAUCGGCGUUGUGGACACCGGAAUCUACCCCGACCAUCCGAGUUUUGCAAACGACUCUGUGAAUCUGUAUGCUCCGCACCCGACCUUCAAAGGGACGUGUGGAACCGAUGCUCGUGUUCCUGCUGGAUUUUGCAAUGGGAAGAUUAUAGGCGCCAGACAGUUCUUCGAGGCGGCGAUGGUUGGAGCUAAUGCCUCAGAUCUGGACAUGCUCAGCCCCUUGGAUGGCCACGGUCAUGGCACGCAUUGUGCGGGCACUGCGGCUGGAAAUUAUGGAGUGCCAGUGAUUGUUCACGGCCAGGACUUCGGCAACGCAAGCGGUAUUGCCCCCAGAGCACGGAUUGCAGUUUACAAGGCUUUGAACAAGAAGGGUCAAGGGAGAACCGCAGACAUUAUCGCUGCAAUUAAUCAGGCUGUAGAGGAUGGAGUUCAUGUGCUCAGUUUAUCACUCGGUCCGUCUUCAGCGCCGGUAGGCAGUGUCACUUUCAUCGACAGCUUCGCACUGGCUUGUUUGGGAGCUACGAGAGCUGGAGUGCAUUGCGUGCACGCUGCUGGAAACACUGGGUCGGGACCUUCCACGAUCACAUCAUGGAGCCCUUGGCUUACAUCCGUAGGUGCUACCACAACUGAUCGCAUCUACCCGAGCUAUUUGUUUACUGGAGAUGGCAGAAAUUACUCCGGCCAGGGUCUUUCCCCACAAACGCCGGGAUUAGAUUUUUAUCCUUUGAUUCGUGCAAGUGAUGCUGUUGCGACGGUCAGUCGCUUGAACCGCAACUUCGAUUGCGCCGAACCAGGAGCCCUCAACAGGGCGCUUAUCGAGGGCAAGAUCCUGGUAUGCUCAUGGAAUGCCAUUCCAGGAUUCACUGGCUCGAUGUCGAAUUAUUCUCGUUAUGCGGCGCAAACUACGGGAGCUGCGGGAGUAGUACUAUUAAUCGGUGUUGAAUAUUUGGAGACAAACAGCCCUUCGUCUUUGAAUUUUGACGGCUUCCCGGCGAUUGCCGUCACAGGACCAGAGUCGUAUCAGCAAUUUCUGUCUUACUACGACGCUGCAAAACAAAAUGGUGCAGCAGGAGGUGCAACAGGACGGUUGAGCGGCGGCAACAAGGCUGUGUACACGGGACAGCCCCCUAAAAUUGCUUCGUUCUCAUCUCGUGGUCCUAAUGUUUAUCUUGGUUUGGAGGAAGUAUCAUCUACUGAUCAGCCCAUCGCUGAUGUACUGAAGCCCAACAUUGUUACCCAUGGCGUGGACAUUUGGGCGGCUUGGACUCCCCUUCCCACCACCGACAAGCUGCUUUUCCGAGGUCAGAAAUGGUCUAUGAUUAGUGGAACGAGUAUGGCAGCCCCACACAUAGCUGGAGUAUCGGCUAUUAUCAAACAAAUGCACCCGACAUGGAGUCCUUCAGCCAUCGCUUCUGCGAUCAGUACCUCAGCGGUUCCCAAGGAUACUCUCGGCAAUCCUUUAGUUGUAUAUGACUAUGUGUAUAGUUCAUCUGGACAGAUCGCUGACCUAAUCAAGCGGCCCGGAAACGCAUUUGACUUCGGGAAUGGAUUUGUGGAUGCGACAACUGCUCUAAACCCGGGCUUGAUCUUCGAUGCGACGUAUGAUGACUACAUCAAAUUUCUCUGCGCCGAAAGAUUACUCAGCUCAGCGUCGGUGUUCGCAAUCACGUCUGCAACGUGUCCGCCAGUGCCAGGUUUGUCGUCUGACCUCAACUUGCCAAGCAUAACUAUUGGCAAUCUAACUAGAUCUCGCCUUGUGCCGCGAGUGGUCACGAAUGUGGGUCCUCUCGAGACUUACACGGCAGUAAUCACCCAACCACCCGAUGUGGAAGUGGUUGUCAAUCCUCUAACCUUCAUUAUUGCUCCUGGCGCGACACAACCGCUCAACAUUACUCUCACGGCUGUUGGCAACGCCAUUUAUGUGAAUCAAUCGAGUUUUGGAAGCAUUUACCUUACUGGAAACUUAGGCCACAGGGUACAAGUUCCGGUGACUGUAACCUACAGACAGGUGUAAAUCUAGAGAGUUUACCAUUCUUUCAGGAUUUAGGAUUGGUCAGCGUCUGCUGCUCCAUCGGUGCUCGAAGAAGAAGAAGAAGAAAAAAUAACAACAGCCUGCUUCUGCUCGGAUUCAUUCGAAUGUUGGAUGGGCGAAAAUAUGCUUCUAGCUGGCUAUUCUGCGAUUUUGAUGAGUAGAGAUGCAGUCCCAUUAUGUAAUGUUUAGAUUAACACGAACAACAUUUGUCCAUUGAUGGCUGCAAAAGCCACUUUGCCGAGGAUCUAGAAUCGGCCCCGGGCAUUCCCCUCUGUUGAGCAUAUAUCCAACUGCGAUGGGUUGUUUUUUAAAGCACAACAGUUUUGCAAAGAGAAAUGACAUUUGCGGAGCCGGUUGUGGCUGUGAGCAUCGGUUUAUUUUAGCAGA